AUGCAUCAAUCCAGUCUUCUAGCGCUCAUCACUGCUGCAGGAACCGUCACCUCUGCAUUUGCGGCCCACAGCCCGCCACCCGAAUCCGUCCAGAAUGCCAACCACAUCUUCAACGCCAUCCACUCCUCCAUGAGACAAUGGGGCUCAUCACUCAACCACAACGGAAUGUCAUUUUUCCUAGCGGAGAUGCCAAAAGGAACCAAGCUCUACCACGGUGACGCUCACCUAGAUCACAUCACAGGGGUCCGGUGGAUGGCCUUCGACCCCGAGCAUGCGUUUGAGUUCGCGCGAUCAGAACCGAAACGACCGGAGACACCGCCGAAGCUGUCAGGCUCCCAGCAGGUUAUGGGCGAAGAUCCAGAUCGUCAAGCGGGAGAAGAUGACGGCGGGUGGCUGCAUACUUACACCACCGCCCGAGAUCUUCGCCUCGUUUACAUCGAUGGUAUGUCGGCCGGGAAGUCCAAAGUCGGGACUCUGGAUUUACAGGAUCGUGUGUUGUUCGAAGAUAAGAUCAGGGGUGGGGUGCUCCAGGAGAACGCGCGCGCAAAGGCUGUUUGCCGGAUCGCAGCGGAGGAGUGGGAUGGUCGGGUGGAUGGUGUGAUACGCAUGGCUUCCGGGUUUGAGGUCAUUCUCUGCAACUCGGAACAGAACCUGGAGCCUGUCCAUGUAGCAAAAGUGAGGUCCUUCUCGGGUCCGAGGAAAGGAGGCAAUGAGAAGAAAGGAGGAAAGCCGGUAGAGGUGCUUCAAGUGGUAAGGGCCAGGUACAAUGGAAUCGGCGGUGAUCGGGUGCUUUUGAAUUCCGACCAUUUCGUCACGGCGUACAACCACUCCGUGGAUCUGUUCCCGGACAACAUCAAAGCUCCACGUCUAGAUCAUCUGCCUUUCGCAGAAUUGGAACCCAUCCGCAAGAGCCUGACGUCCCUCGUCAUGACGCAUGAUGUCGAAGAAAGACAGGUCAAUUGGCAAGCCGUCACCGAUAUGAUCGUCCAGAAGUAUGGCCACCCGCUGCGUAGUCUAGCUUCGGGCCACCAUCAUCACUUUGGCCUGCCCUCGCUGGUUGCCGAUGUUGCACGCAUCUGGAACACGUUCAUCGAUCAGGACAGACGAGAUUUGGACCAAGAGACCGAGAGAUGCGCAACUCAAUUCAUUCCUACCAAUGCUGCUAAUGAUUCACUUGCUCAUCGUGCAGCUUAUACAGUCACCAAGCGGAUCUGUGCUAGCUUGGUGGAGGUCCUGGAGGCCGACGAAUACGAUGCCGCAAUUAGCACGCUGCGUUCUCUUGUGGACUAUCUGAACUGGACUGUAUGGAAGGAGUGCCAUGGCUGUCAUGAUGAUGAAUUUUGCCAGAUCCCAAUCUGGCCCCAAGGAUCGUGGGACGAUUUCGAACACCCGCAUUGUCGGAAAAUCGAGUUGGCGUACCAGGGCAAUAAUGAUUUUUGGGGACCUGUAUGGAGAUAA